GACGCUGGAGGGUUGUUAUUGCCCAAGUGGCAGCUUAUCCCUCUCUUCCAACUCACAUGAAUGUGUGCUAAACUGCGAAUUUUGUCAGCUGCGAAACAAAAAAUGGGUGAAGGCUAAUGCAACAUGGAUAGAAGGCUGUGAGGAGUGUAUAUGUGAGGAGCACACCAUGCAGGUCAGCUGCCGUAAUGUGUCCUGUCCAGCACAGCCACCGCUCACCUGUGACCAAGAAGGUCAGGUCAAGGUCACUGACACUACUGGCUGCUGUCAGAAGGAGAAGUGUGAGUGUGAUGUGAGGCACUGCCCUGAUUCUGUGCCGCCCUGUCCUGCUGGUUACACUCUAAAAACCGUUAAGGGAGCCUGCUGUGUCAAAUACUCCUGCAAGAUUAAACCAAACGUGUGUGUUGUCAACAAACACGAAUAUCAGGUUGGAGACCCAGUGCUCAUGAACCCAUGUGAAAGCUGCACCUGUAGUGACCAGAUAGACACCAGCACCCGUCUGCACUCGAUCAAAUGUCAGCCUCUGCCAUGUGACAAACACUGCCCUCUGGGUUAUGAGUACCAGAGCGUCCCUGGCCAGUGCUGUGGAAAGUGUGUCCAAAUAGGCUGUUUUGUGACACUGUCGAACAACGCAACACACACCUUAAAGCCUGGCACCACUUGGACCCCCACUGAGAGCCCCUGUGUGAAGUUUGAGUGUGUAAAGAUCGGAAAUCAGUUCAUCACCGUUGAGGCCAAGACUGUUUGUCCUCUCUACGACCCCGAUGAAUGCAUACCGGGAACAGAGACCAUAGCUCCAGAUGGAUGCUGUCAUGUCUGUGUGCAGAAGGGUCAUCCAUGCAGCGUGUCCACCACUGCUGUGCAGCUGGAGAGCAAGGGCUGUCGCUCCAAACACCUGGUGAAUGUCACAUCGUGCAGUGGAGCCUGUGGUACCUCCAGCUUCUACUCCCCCAAAAUGAGCUCGUUGCAGCACACGUGUUCCUGCUGCCAGGAGGUGGCCACGUCUGAGAAGCAGGUCCAGCUCCUCUGCAAUGACAACACCGAGAUCACCUACACCUACAUCCACAUUGACACCUGUGGGUGCCUCAAGACCGACUGCUCUGUGUUUGGCCGCAGUGAAAUGGCGAACACUCCCUCCAGCACCAGAUCCCGUCGACGCAGAAGAUGAGGAAGACAUCAGGGCUCAGCCAUUCGUAGUGCUCAUGAAUUUGUAGGAGUGUGAAUGAACAAUCAGAAUUACAUCAGUGUCAGCUUCAUCUGCAUACCUGAUUCCUCUAUUUAUGUUUCAAACAUUAGCAUACCAAGCUUAUGUUUGACAAGAUUGUAAACCCACAGUUCUCAUUAAUAAAAAUCAUACUGUAGCUGCAGGCUAAUCAAA